AGAUGAAUGUAUGUGGAUAGAUAUAAUACUAACAUAACAGGGUAGGUGUGAGAUUUGACCGAACGACCACAAAAUACCAUCCCUUCAAGACAUGGUACGCUUGCUUCACUCUUCCAAUAAUAUUUAUUUAAACCCCUUAACCACCACCACUUCUCUCAGCUUGACGUUCCCUUAUCAAAAGAGAACACCAAGCUUACAACACAAUAACUUAAUAAAUAUCAUACACUAUUUCCCUUCCCAUUUUUCUUUCUUUCUUUCUUAUUUUUAAAUAAAUAUGCACACUCUUUCUCCGCCUCCCUCUUCCAACGCACUCAAUUUCAACCACUUAAUACGCCAUCGUUUCACAAAUCGGGCCGUGUCGACCCGAAUUUCUAUCAAAUGUGCUUACGGGUUAGAUCAUGGAAGCUACGGAUUCGGCUCGAGCCGAGCCGACUGGCAAAGCUCAUGCGCCAUCUUAUCCAGCAAAGUUGUUUCACAAGAAAAAUCUUCCACUGAUAAUAACGGUGGAACCGCCGACAACAUCGCCGCUAUCAACGGCCACAAAACUAACGUCACCGACCUGCAACUCGUUCCAAUCGGAAACCUCACCGGUGAGAUUUCCAAGCCGAUUCAACCGAAGCCGCUCACAAUCUCCGACCUCGCGCCGGCUCCGAUGCACGGUUCGCUACUUCGCGUAGCGUACCAAGGCGUUCCCGGUGCAUACUCCGAAGCCGCAGCUGGGAAAGCUUAUCCGAACUGCGAAGCAAUUCCGUGUGACCAAUUUGAAGUUGCGUUUCAAGCGGUUGAGCUUUGGAUCGCCGAUCGCGCGGUUCUUCCGGUGGAAAAUUCACUUGGAGGUUCGAUCCACCGGAAUUACGAUCUCCUCCUCCGUCACCGUCUACACAUCGUCGGCGAAGUUCAACUCCCCGUUCACCACUGUCUCCUCGCACUUCCAGGGAUCCGAAAAGAGUAUUUGAGCCGAGUAAUUUCACAUCCACAAGCUCUCGCUCAGUGCGAACACACGCUGACAAAAUUAGGCCUCAACGUUGCACGUGAAGCCGUCGACGACACCGCCGGAGCCGCGGAAUUCAUCGCAACGAACAACCUCCGUGACACUGCAGCAAUCGCGAGCGCACGUGCAGCCGAACUUUACGGUUUAAACGUGUUAGCAGAUGGUAUUCAAGAUGACCCGAGUAACGUGACCCGAUUCGUUAUGUUAGCCCGAGAACCAAUAAUUCCCCGCACGGAUCGUCCAUUUAAAACGAGCAUUGUGUUCGCGCAUGAUAAAGGGACUUCAGUGCUUUUCAAAGUGCUUUCCGCGUUUGCGUUUAGGAAUAUUAGUUUAACAAAGAUUGAGUCUAGGCCUCAUCGUAACCGUCCGAUUAGACUCGUUGAUGAUGCUAAUGUUGGAACUGCGAAGCACUUUGAGUAUUUGUUUUACGUUGAUUUUGAAGCUUCGAUGGCUGAAGUUAGAGCACAAAACGCGUUGGCGGAAGUGCAGGAAUUCACGUCUUUCUUGCGGGUGUUGGGUAGUUACCCUAUGGAUAUGACACCCUGGAUUCCUUCUUCUAGGGGAGAUUAGAUUACCAAUGCUCUCAUUAUUAUUGUUAUUAUAUUUUUUUCUCUAUCAUUUGAAAAAAAAAUGUUAAAAAUAUUUGAAAACGUGUACUGACUUUUGUGAAUAAAAAACAAAACCUGAUUAUUUAAUUGAAUUAUUUUAUUUGUUUGUUUAUUAGAUUUGUUGAGUUUUGAUUUUUUUGGGAUAUUCAAUGGAUGAAAAUUAAUGAAGUGAAUUAAGUUGCUACAUUUGAACGUAGGAGGCUUGAGAAUGAGAUACUUGGCAGUGUUUGAUACACAAAUGGGAAAUUACUUGUGUUUGCUUCUUUUUGUAGUUGUAGAUAAUUACCCAA